UAACGAGAUUACGUUAAAAACUUCAACAGGUGUUUGUGUGUUGUUUUUGUUGAAUUUUUUAAUGAAUGAGUGGAAUAUUGUGAAUUCAAACACUGCCUUUCAACUGCCAUAAUGAUGCUACUUUUCAUAUAAAAACUUACAUUCGGUUCGAAGUGGUACAAACGACAUAUAGUUUUCUUGAAAAUUUUGAGGUUGGAAUCAAUUUUUCGUUGAUUCUCCAUUUCUCUUGUUUUUCACGUCAAUUGGAAUAAAUUUGGACUUCUUGUAUAUCAAAGUAUGAAGAAUAUAUCCAGGCAAGAGAGGGCCAAAUCUGGAAGUUUUGUGAAGCGAUACCUUCUAAACUAGUAGUCCGAUUUAACUGCUGCAAAGAUCGACUCAUAAUCAUUCGGAAAAAUCCAACGGUUGAAAUUUUCGCCAAGUGACCACUGUGUUUUUGGACAUUCUGAAACAUGGAUUUCAAACGUGGGAAAACAGAAAGACGCACCAGGAGACUGACGAAGACUAGUCUGGAAUCAUGGUUCAAGGGUGGCAGCAACAAAAAUUCGACGUCGGGUAGCAGACCCACUUCUCUGGCUGUUUCCAGUCUGACCUCGGAUCAGGAUUGCGGAGAGCCUGAUGAAUCUAUACGGGAGUACGAGAAAUUGAUCAACAGCAUGAGCGAAAAGGAGGUGAACGCUAAGUUUGAGGAGAUGCUGAGUGACAUGAACCUGAACGAUGACAAGAAAAAGCCGCUUCGAAGUAUGGACCUCAAGCAGAAAAAGAAGAUGCUUCUGAUGAAAUGCAAAGGCUCCAUGCAGGGUCCCGAUCACAAGUUCGACAAGCCGCAGGAAUACCAUGCCUACCUCGACCAAUACUCGAAAUCCGAGUACCAGUCGCUCGGUAAGUUGCUCAACUGUGUUGAGUCGCUCAGGAUAUCGCUGACCAACAACACUCUGGGAUGGGUCAACGACUUCGGCUCCGAGGGUCUCAACAAGAUACUCAAGGUGCUGGAGAUAGCACUGAAAAACAACGACACUAAACUACAAUGGGAAUGCCUCCGUUGUACAGAAAAAUAUAUGAACAACACCAUAGGACUGAAAUCUUUCCUCAACAACACAAAGGGGCACAACAUUGUAGCAAGAUGUCUCAACCACGAGAAACCUCAAGUUAUGAUCCAGGCACUUAGGAUAUUGGCGCCUUUGUGUUUGGUACCAGGUACAGAUGGGAUGAACACUGGACUGGAGAAGACCCUGAGUGCAGUAACGAAGGUGGCUGAAGAUAAGAAGAUCGAAAGAUUUGCACCUAUAGUAAACGGUAUAACAAAAUCGAACAAUGCCGACUUGCAAAGCAUGUGUUUUCAAUUCAUUAAUGCGAUGUUAUCACAAACCGAUGACUUUGAAUUUCGCAUGCACCUUAGGAACGAAAUCGUCAGGAAUGGACUGUAUGACUACUUGGAUUUAACUAUUCUAGCCGACCUAAAGAACGAGACGAAUCCUCUUGUAAAGACGCAGUUCGACAUAUUCGAGGCUGAGAAAGAAGCAGAUGCCGACGAGCUCCACGAGCGUUUCGACAAAAACAGACUGGACAUGGACGACAUACAAGAUUGCUUCGAGGUGCUCAAAAAUACAACACUGGAGACUCCAGCCGAGCCUUACUUUCUCAGCAUCCUACAGCAUUUGUUAUUCGUCAAGGAUGACGUACAUAUUAGGCCCGCCUAUUUUAAGAUAAUCGAAGAAUGUGUGUCACAACUAGUACUACACAAGUCUGGUCUAGAUCCAGACUUCACGAAAAAACACUUCGAUUUGGAUCUACAGCCACUUCUUGACGAACUAAAAGAGAGACCCAUAGAGAACGACAAUGCCAAAGUUGAGGAGAUGAAGAAACAGCUGGAAGAGGCGCUGGCCGCUAAGUCCGAAGCCGAAGCUAAACUUGAUCUACUGAUUGGCAAAGGGGAGGGUGCGGCAGAAAGCGGUAAACUCGAUCCCGCGAAAGUGGCGAACAUCGGCAAGGUGCUAGGGCCCCCACCACCCCCAAUGCCAGGAAUGGGUGGUCCUCCCGCCCCACCACCUCCUCCUAUGCCGGGUAUGAUGGGAGGGGGCGGACCUCCUCCCCCACCUAUGCCUGGAAUGGGCGGACCGCCUCCACCUCCAAUGCCAGGAAUGGGAGGACCUCCUCCUCCUCCAAUGCCCGUAAUGGGACCUCCCCCUCCCAAAAUGCCCGGCAUUGGUAUUCCACCACCCAUACCACCUCCUGGUAUGUUGGCACCACUAGGAAGUGCUCCAGGAACAUACACUCUUCCGCAUGGUCUCAAACCAAAGAAAAAAUGGGAAACAAGUGGACCGCUCAAGAAAGCAAACUGGAAAACGAUUACGCCACAAAAAAUGACGAAAAAAGCAUUCUGGUUGAAAGUUGAAGAAGAAUCAUUGGCAUCUUCAAAUAUCUUAGAUGAGUUGGCCCAAAAAUUUUCAUCAAAACCAGCAAAACAGUCAGCAGAUGUGGCAGAUAAGGGCUAUAGUACUGGCACACUGAAGAAAGUAAAACAACUGAAAGUCUUAGAUAGUAAAGUAGCACAAAAUAUCAGUAUUCUUCUUGGUGGCUCCCUUAAGCAUAUGGCAUAUGAUGAGAUCAAAAGAUGCUUGCUCAAAUGCGAUGAUGAAAUUUUAACAGCAAAUGUGAUUGAGCAACUCAUACAGUACUUACCUCCUGCGGACCAACUUAAUAAACUUCAACAGUUCAAAGAUUCAUACAAAGACCUUACAGAAGCCGAACAGUUUUGUCUCAAGAUCUCUGAAAUUAAGCGCUUGCUUCCUAGAUUGAAGUCGCUUAGUUUUAAACAUCACUAUCAAGAGAUGGUGCAAGAUGCUAAACCUGAUAUUGUAGCAGCAACAGCAGCUUGCGAAGAAGUGAAGAAAAGUAAAAAGUUCCAUAAGAUACUUGAAUUAAUUUUGUUAUUAGGAAAUUACAUGAACACUGGAAGUCGAAAUGCACAAGCGUUUGGUUUCGAAAUGGGUUUCUUGACAAAAUUAAAUGGUACAAAGGACGUCCAUAAUAAGUCAACUUUGCUACACUUCAUUGUUGAAACAGUAGAAAAGAAUUUUCCAGAACUACUCAACUUUCCAGAUGAGAUGCCACACAUUGAUAAAGCUAGUCGUGUCUCAAUGGAAACCAUUCAAAAAACCUUAAAACAGAUGGAUAGCAACAUAAGGAACCUACAGACUGACGUUAAUAACAACAGGGUACCACAAAGCGACGAUGACAAAUUUUUAGAGGUCAUGGAAGCUUUUGCCCAAACGGCCAGAGAACAGUGUGAUGUUAUGCAAAACAUGUUUAAAAAAGUUGAAAAUCUCUAUCAGGAUCUAUCGGAAUACUAUGUAUUUGAUAAUCAGAAAUAUACAUUGGAGGAGUUUUUCACUGACUUGAAGACCUUCAAAGAUAAUUUUGUGGAAGCAAGGAAGGAGAAUGAAAAGGAAAGAGAGCUUAUUGAGAAAAGGGAGAAGGCUAGGUUAGCGAAAGAGAAGGCAGACAGAGAGAAGAAAGAAAGAGAGGCAAGAAAUAAAGCUCUCAUAGAUAUGAAUCCAACAGAAACACAAGAGAGUGUGAUGGACAGCUUACUUGAAGCUUUACAAACAGGUAGUGCAUUUAGCAGAGAACAGAAGAGAAAAAGAGCACAUCGACCAGCUGGUGCUGAAAGAAGGGCGCAACUUGUGAGGUCAAGAUCAAGGACGGGUUUGAUUACAGGGAGAGAAUUAACAAGCGAAAUAAUGACAUGAUAGCUGUAAAUACUAGAAGUGUGAUGCAUUUGUAAAUAAGACUUAUAUAUAUAUAUAUCGUCUACGUGUCAUUUCAUUUACUUGAAAUAGUGAUAUGAUGGUGAUUCGCAUAAUAUAUUUUCAGAAGGAGCAAUAUGAAGAAAUUUGUUCAUUCUUAUAAUGUAAAGAAUUUAUUCUUUGGCGAUAAGUUGAAAGAUCUGAAUUGUAUUUUUAAUGUUUGAUACAGUGAUAUAAUUUCUGUUGAAAAACUUGUGAUUGUAUAAACUUGCAGAAAAGAUUUAAUAUUUUUAAUAUCUAAUAAAUUAUUAUCUGUUAA